AUGGACUACGAGGCUCUGAAGGAGCAGUGGAGCGAGGUAGAGGACCGCGAUGGUGUCCGCCUCAGCUGGAAUGUCUUUCCAAGCUCGCGCAUGGAAGCCUCGCGCCUCGUCGUGCCCAUUGGUGCUCUUUACACACCUCUGAAGGAGAAGCCAGACACACCGCUGUUGCAAUUCGAGCCCGUCGGUUGCAAGCAGCCCUGCCGUGCCAUAUUGAAUCCCUUCUGCCAGGUUGAUGUCCGUGCUCGUCUAUGGAUAUGCCCCUUUUGUCUCUCGAGAAAUCCGCUGCCGCCGCACUACAAGGACAUCACCGCCAAUGCAAUUCCGCCCGAGUUGCAUCCUUCCAACACCACAAUCGAGUACAGACUCUCACGGCCGGCUCCCAGCCCGCCCAUCUUUCUCUAUGUCGUUGAUACGUGCCAGGAGGAGGACAGUCUGGCUGCCCUCAAGGAGUCUCUGAUCAUGAGCUUGAGUCUCCUUCCUGAGAAUGCCCUCGUUGGUCUCAUCACCUUUGGCACCAUGGCCCAGGUUCACGAAAUCGGCUACAAUGAGUGCGCCAAGUCCUACGUCUUUCGCGGCAGCAAGGACUACACCGCCAAGCAGGUCCAGGAGAUGCUUGGCUUGCUGGGACCUGGUGUCAGGCCUGGUAUCCCUCAACAGCAGCCCGGCCGUCCUCCCCUGCCCAUGGGCGCUGCCACGAGAUUCCUUCUGCCUGUGCAGCAGUGUGAGUUCCAGCUCACCAAGGCUUUGGAGCAACUCCAAAAGGACCCCUGGCCCGUCGCCAGCGACCGACGAAGCCAGCGCUGCACCGGUGUGGCCCUCAGCGUUGCCGUUGGCCUGCUGGAGAACGCUUUCCAGGGCUCCGGCGGCCGCAUCAUGCUCUUUGCUGGUGGUCCUGCCACCGAGGGUCCUGGCAUGGUCGUUGGCCCCGAGCUGAGAGAGCCAAUCCGAUCCCACCACGAUAUCGACCGUGACAACAUCAAGUACUAUAAGAAGGCACUCAAGUUCUACGACACCUUGGCCAAGAGGACCGCACACAAUGGCCACAUCAUUGACAUUUUUGCUGGUUGUCUCGACCAAGUCGGUCUGCUAGAGAUGAAGGGUCUCUGCAACUCUACGGGUGGGCACAUGAUCUUGACCGAUAGCUUUACAGCUUCCAUGUUCAAGCAGUCCUUUGUCCGUGUUUUCGAAAAGGACGGCGAUGGAAAUCUUCUCAUGGGCUUCAACGCUCUCUUCGAGGUUCUCACUACCAAGGAGCUCAAGGUCACUGGCCUCAUUGGCCACGCCGUGUCAAUGAACAAAAAGUCAACCUCAGUAGGCGAGACGGAAUGUGGCAUCGGUAACACGUGCGCGUGGAAGAUGUGUGGCAUUGAUCCCACCGCCAGCUAUGGCGUUUACUUUGAAAUUGCGAGCCAGGGCGGUCCAACACAGCAUCAGCAAGGGCAACAAAAAGGCAUGAUGCAGUUCCUCACAUAUUACCAGCACUCGGACGGCCAAUUCCACUUGCGUGUCACCACGGUUGCCAGAAACCUCAGCGGCCCAGCCGGCGAUCCGGCUAUUGCCCAGUCAUUCGACCAGGAGGCAGCAGCAGUUCUGAUGUCGCGCAUUGCCGUCUUCAAGGCUGAAGUCGACGACGGCCCCGACGUGCUUCGUUGGGUCGACCGCAUGCUUAUCAGGCUUUGCUCGCGGUUUGCUGACUACCGAAAGGACGACCCUUCGUCCUUCAGACUGGAGAAGAACUUCACGCUGUAUCCACAGUUUAUGUUUCACCUCCGGAGAAGUCAGUUUCUGCAGGUUUUCAACAACUCACCAGACGAAACAGCCUUUUACCGGCAUGUGCUCAACCACGAGGACGUUAGCAAUUCUCUCAUCAUGAUUCAGCCGACGCUGGACUCGUAUGUUCUUGCGGGAGAUGGCAGCCAGCCCGAGGGCCAACCCGUACUUCUGGAUUCGACGUCGAUUCAGCCUGACCACGUCCUCCUCCUCGACACAUUUUUCCACAUUCUCAUCUUUCACGGUGAGACGAUUGCUGAGUGGAGAAAGGCCGGAUAUCAGGACCAAGAAGGCUACCAGAACUUUGCAGCUCUGCUUGAGCAGCCCAAGGAGGAUGCCAGGGACCUCAUUGGCGACAGAUUCCCACUUCCCCGUUUCAUUGUGUGCGAUGCUGGUGGUUCGCAGGCUCGAUUCCUGCUCUCCAAGCUGAACCCUUCGACCACACACACCACGGGUGCAUAUGGAGGCGUUGGUGCUCAGACGGCGCAGACUAUCUUUACUGAUGACGUUUCACUCCAAACAUUCAUGGACCACUUGAUGAAGCUGGCCGUCAGCGGAACGAACUAG